AUGAUGGCAUACAACAACCAAAACAACUUUCCCUAUGGAAACGACAACUGCGACUCCCUGUUUGAUCCCCUCCAGGUCCAAGGAAAGCUAGAUUCCAUCAACUUUGUGGGUAACAAUGGAUUAGCAGCUCAGAUGCAGCCUGGGUUCAUGCAACAACAAAGUUUGAACAACUGCAAUAACAAUGGCAUGGGAAACUUCGGCAAUAACACCAUGGGAGCCCAAGGAUUCAACUUUUCCAAGGUCCAGCCCGCACUAAACUUCCACGCAAACAACGGCAUGGCAUGCUCCAACAACAACCAGUUCCAGUUCAACGCCAACCAGUGCAACAUGAACAACCUGAACAACAUCAAUAGCAGCAACAGCAUGCAGUUCCAACCUUCCAAUACUCUCAUGAAUGCCAUGAACAUGACCUUGAACAUGCAACAGCAGCAGCAACAACAACAGGCAUUCUUUGCUGGCAACAACUUCCCUGGUUGCUCCCAGGUUCCAUCCUUGCCACUGAGCCAACCACAGCAACAGCUCAGCAAUGGAAUCCCUGCUUUCAUCACCACGACCUCCAACAUCAACAACACAACCUCACGUGUGACUCCUACUUCCGCUCCCUUCAUGGGAUCCUCCGCUCCUGUCAUUGACAUUGAUGCUGAUGAUACCCUCCUCGAACCACUCAUUGCAUUCCCUGCUUCCGCACCUGCAGCCGCGGCUGUUGCCGCCGCUCCCUCUGAAGCAUCCACUGAUGGUCGCAACAGCGCCUCUCAUUCUCCAGCCACCAUCUGCCAGGACAACCUCCCCCGUAGCAUCAGCAAGACCAAGCGUCUCUUGCCCGCUGACUUUGAACCUGCCGACACUUCCAUCAUUUGCGGAAACAAGAGAAAGUACUUUGAAAGCAAGGGAAACACACGCUUCCGUCGUGUCUGUGACUUGUUCACCCAAGACUACGGCAGCGCUCCCACAAAGAUUGAAAAGUCCGCUGUUGUCUCCAAGGUCAUGAACAUUCUUCGAGAAGACUGCCUUGACGGUGUCUGCUUUAUCAGCCCCCAGAAUGGCAGGUGGUAUGCCGUCAGUGAACGCACCGCCCGAGAAAAGGUGGGAACUUACUUGAGGGAUUGCUUGUCCGGACACUACCUGAGCAGUGCCAAGAACAAAAUUGCUCGACGCAAGAUGACCAAAAAGGAACUCUCUUCCUGCUCUUCUUCCACCAGCACCGCCCAGCAACAGGUCGUUUCCGCUCCCGCUCCAGUCCCUACGUCUCUUGUCUUUGCCGCCGCCAACAACGAUAACGAUGAUGGCAGUCUCGACUCGGUUGCCUUCUACGAUGUGGAUGACCUGACCCCCGUUCCUUUGUAA